AUGCCUACUGAUGAUUCAAUACCUCCAGUUCAGAAUGAUGCUGUGGAUGACAAUGAAGGUGAGGAUAGCUCCAGAACUGAAGUUGAGCGCGGGAAAGUGGAUGACGCAGAGAAACGCAAGGAGAAGGUUACUGAUUCUCCUACUCCACCACUACCUUUCCCCCAUAGGAUGCAAAAAUCAAAGGUCGAUCAACAACUUGGUAAAUUUAUGUCUAUGGUCAAAAAUCUUGAGGUAACAGUUCCUUUCACUGAUUUAAUUUCUCAAGUACCUGUGUAUGCCAAGUUUCUGAAAGAUAUGAUAACUAAAAAGAAAGAUUUUGGUGGGAUAGAUAGGGUUGCUUUAACUGAAGAAUGCAGUGCUGUUCUGCAAAAUAAAAUUCCACCCAAAUUAAAAGAUCCUGGUGCUAGUGUAUCUGUUAUGCCUUUAUCUGUCUGUAAUAAACUGAACUUGGGUGCUUUGAAGUGCACACAGAUUACUUUACAGAUGGCUGAUCGAUCUGUGAAGUAUCCUUUGGUACUUGAUAUGGAAGAAGAUAGUCAAAUUCCCAUUAUUUUGGGUAGACCUUUUCUAUGUACUGCUGGUGCUGUUAUUGAUGUAAAAUCUGGCUCUCUGACUUUGAGUGUUGGUGAUGAUACUAUUACUUUUAAGUUAACCAAUGCUAUUAAGUCCCCUAUGCUUGAGCACACAUGUUGCAGGAUUGACAUACUCGAUGAGAUCUCUGGAGUUAGUUUUUCACAAUUUCUGUCUGAUGAAUUAUUGGAGACAAGUCUUGAUCUCACUGAUGAUCUUGACAUUGUACGGUAG